GGGCGGCUAGUCCGCAUGAAGGCUGCUGCGAGCUGGCGCCCCUUCCGCGAGGCACGCAGGGAAAGACCCGGGACGCUUCCUGGGAAGCGCGACUUGGAAGGGCGCGCGUCCCUCCCACCGCGGCCGGCUCCAGCUCGGCGGUCGCGCAGCACCAAGACCCGCCCAGCCGCUCCGCCUCCCUCCCGGGGGCCGGUCUUGCUCUUGCUCCAGUCGCAACGGAGAGCAGCGAAGAUGGCGGCACGGGCGUGCGGGUUCCCGCGGCGCGGGUUGCGGCUGCUGCUGGCGCCGCCGCGGGGCGGAGGCUCUUGCCCGGCCGGUGGCGGGGGCCGGGACUAUUCCAAAGAAAAUGAAAGCAGCUGGUUCCGUUCCCUCUUUGUCCACAAAGUGGAUCCCCGAAAGGAUGCUCAUUCCAACCUCCUCUCCAAGAAAGAGACCAUCCACCUGUACAAGAUCCAGUUCCAUAAUGUGAAGCCCGAGUGCCUAGAUGCCUAUAACAGCCUGACGGAGCAGGUGCUUCCAAAGCUCCAUUCGGAUCCAGAUUACCCCUGCGACCUGGUUGGCAACUGGAAUACUUGGUAUGGUGAACAGGACCAGGCAGUGCACCUCUGGCGAUUCAUCGGCGGCUACCCGGCCCUCAUGGACUGCAUGAACAAGCUCAAACAGAACCAGGAGUACCUGGAAUUUCGGAAGGAGAGGAGUCAGAUGCUGCUUUCGCGAAGGAACCAGCUGCUGUUGGAGUUCAGCUUUUGGAAUGAGCCUUUGCCGCGGUCUGGGCCCAAUAUCUAUGAGCUGAGGACGUACAAGCUCAAACCUGGCACCAUGAUCGAGUGGGGGAACAACUGGGCACGGGCCAUUAAACAUCGCCAAGAGAACCAGGAAGCGGUGGGUGGCUUCUUCUCCCAAAUCGGGGAGCUGUACAUCGUCCACCACUUGUGGGCCUACAGAGACCUGCAGUCUCGAGAGGAAACGAGGAACGCGGCUUGGAGGAAGCGAGGCUGGGAUGAGAAUGUGUACUAUACAGUGCCUCUGGUUCGGAGCAUGGAAUCGCGGAUCAUGAUUCCCUUGAAGAUCUCCCCACUGCAGUGAUGCUGUCCCCAUGCGCCCUCUCUCUACACCAGCCUCGGCAACCUCACAGAAAGGGGUCUUGCUCUGUUGCCGCCGCCGCCACCAUCCCAGUUCUCUUCGGACCGUCCCUCCCCACACACACCCCUUGCUGCUUUGGCUGGAAACCGUAUAAUUCCCAGAUGUUGCUGGACUCCCUGCCCUAGCCAGCGUGGCCAGUGCUCAGGGAUGAUAAUGGGCAUUGGAGUCCAACAACCACCGGAGGGACACGCCUUCUUCAAUCCCACCUGAAUCAUUCCAUUCCCCUCCCUACAACUGUGUUGGCUGUUGGAUGUGACCCAAGGCUCCUGCUCGCACCGACCCUCCCAAAUCUACGUCGGCCCCCAUUCCGUUCCCCCAUCCCAGAGCAGCGCGGCACUUCCGUUUUGAGGUUCUGUGCUACGCAGAGCUGCCUCAAAAGGGCAGAAUGCAUGAGUUCUGACGUGGUGCCCUCCACCUGCUGGUGGACUCGCAACUUGUCAGCCCCAACCAGCAUGGCAUGAGGGACCUUUGGCCCUCCAGGUGUUGCUGAACUACAGUUCCCAUUGUCCCUGGCAGUUGGCCAUGCUUCCUGGGACUGACGGGCAAUCUUGUUCAGCAACAUCUGGAGGGCUAAUGGCCCCCCACUCCUGGUCACGGAUUAUGAGUUAGAAUCCAGCAGCAUCUUGAGGCUACCACGUUGGCUACCCCUGGGAUAAGUCUCCCUGUGGUAGCAUCCUUGCAUUCUGCUAGCUUAGUCUUGUCUGGGUGGCUGGCACCCCCACAGGGCAGUCAGAUCAUCCAAGCAAUUCUCCUCUCAUGAAGCAUUGUUGAAUUGCAAAGGAAGUGUCCUGAGGCAGGUCUGUUCUCUUCCCCAGCUCCCAAUGGUGAUUGGCAUUAGAGGACAUUUUUAAUUGCUGCAAAGAUAGACCUCCGUUUUGCACGCGGUUGCCAAACUUAUCUGCAGGAAAUACUCAUUAACAGGGUAGAGUUCUGGGAAUGUAGGCCAUUGCCUGCUUACUUAGUCUGUAUACACAUGAGCACACCCCCUAAUUGUUUCGUUGUGUUGGCCUAGCUGUGAGUCAGUGUCCUCACCUUUUCUUUUGACAGGUGUUCGGCAGUGGGUACCAUUAUGAGAACGUACUUGUUAGUAAUUAUAAUAAUAAAGUGCUCUUUUGAGGGACCAUGCAAGUGA